GUGUCAGCAAUUGGUAAACCACUACAUCUUAUAAUCUUUAGUGUUCUAUUCAUCAUGGAUCUGUUUGAAUUUUGUGUGAACAACGACCCUGAAAUUACUGUCGUUUUGCUUUUGGGAAAAGCUCGAUUUCGUUCGAACUGUUAAAGAGUUGGAUGGCCAACGGGACGUGGCUUUUUUUUUUUUUUUUGAAAUUAUUUUUUUCGAAUUAGCCGUUUGCGAUCAUCGAAUUUAUUUCAAAAUUUAAGAACUAAAAAUUUUGACCAUACCAAAACGUAACAGAGCAAUGGAAGUUUAAAAAUUAGUUAGCCGUUAAUGCAACUGGAGCUGUCAUGCUCAAACUAAGAAAACAGAACUUCCCUAUAGCAGGCCAUGAAAAGCUUAGGCUCUACUUGGCUUAUACAGUUGCUGCCUUGGCAGAUACUAAGACUCCUCAGUUUCAGGAGCACAACUUUGUACCUACCAAUAACCACAUUCAAGAGCUUCAAGAAUCUCAAAUUUUGCCCUUUCGUGACCCCAAAGUUUGUGUCUCCUCGCUGCUUGGCAGUAGAAGCGUCUUCCAAAUCAGGCAAAUUCAUUCCCAAUUGGUUGUCAAUGGAAUGCUCCAAAAUCUCAUUGUUGCAAACAAGCUUCUUUACGUUUAUGCUCAUCAUAAAGCAAUGGACGAUGCCUAUGCCAUGUUUCAUCGGAUGAGGGGGAGAAACGCAGUAACUUGGAGUGUAAUGGUUGGUGGGUUUGCUAAGGUUGGGGAUUAUGCUACUAGUUUUGGAAUAUUUAGAGAGCUUAUUCGUUGUGGAGUCACACCGGAUAAUUAUACAUUGCCUUUUGUGAUAAGGGCUUGUAGGGAUAUGACGGAUCUCGUUACUGGAAAAUUGAUUCAUGCCGUUGUUUUGAAACAUGGGUUGCACUCGGAUCAUUUUGUUUGUGCGGCGUUGGUGGAUAUGUAUGCAAAAUGUAAGCUAAUUGAGGAUGCCCGUCAACUGUUUGAUAAUAUGAGUAGUAGAGACCUUGUUUCGUGGACUGUUAUGAUUGGUGCCUAUGCAGAGUGUAGGAAUGCUUAUGAGUCGUUGGUUUUGUUUGAUCGGAUGACAGAGGAAGGUGUUGUAGCCGAUAAGGUUGCUGUGGUAUCUGUUGUUUAUGCUUGUGCAAAGUUAGGGGCAAUGCAUAAAGCGAGACUUGUCCAUGAUUAUAUUUGUAGGAACAAGUUUUCGUUGGAUGUGAUCUUGGGGACAGCUAUGAUCGAUAUGUAUGCUAAAUGUGGGAGUAUUUGUUCUGCGAGAGAUAUUUUUGAUAGGAUGAAAGAAAAGAAUGUCAUUUCAUGGAGUGCCAUGAUUGGAGCUUAUGGGUACCAUGGGCAUGGUAGCGAAGCUCUCGAAAUAUUUAGAGUGAUGUUGAGAAGUGGAAUAUUACCAAAUAGUAUAACCUUUAUUUCACUGCUAUAUGCUUGCAGUCAUGCAGGUUUGAUUGAAGAAGGUCUUCGAUUUUUCUCAUUGAUGUGGGAUGAAUACUCUAUAAGACCAGAUGUUAAACACUAUACUUGUAUGGUUGAUCUCCUGGGACGUGCAGGGAGACUCGAUGAGGCCUUAAGAUUGGUGGAGAGCAUGAAAAUUGUGAAAGAUGAGGGGCUUUGGGGUGCUUUGCUUGGGGCAUGCAGAAUCCAUGGAAAUGUUGACCUAGCAGAAAUGGCAGCAAACUCUCUUCUUCAACUACAGCCGCAGAACCCAGGGCAUUACGUAUUGCUUUCAAACAUUUUUGCCAAAGCAGGUAGAUGGAAAGAUGUGGCGAGGAUAAGGGAUCUGAUGUCCCAAAGGAAACUAAAGAAAAUUCCUGGUUGGACAUGGUGUGAGGUUGAUAAUAAGAUUUUCCAAUUUAGUGCUGGAGAUAGGAGUCAUCCUCGGUCUGAGGAAAUUUACGGGAUGCUUGAGAGUUUAUACAAGAAAUUGGAGCUGGCUGGUUAUGUCCCUGAUACCAACUUUGUGUUGCACGAAGCUGAUGAGGAGGUUAAGGUAGGAAUGUUGUAUGCACACAGUGAGAAGUUAGCAAUUGCGUUUGGCCUUUUGGCCACCUCUAAUGAAACUCCUAUCAGAAUUACAAAGAAUCUCAGGGUUUGUGGUGAUUGCCACACGUUUAGUAAGUUUGUGUCAGCCCUUACAGAAAGAGUGAUCAUUGUUCGAGAUGCCAAUCGGUUUCACCACUUCAAGAAAGGGGCUUGUUCAUGCGGGGAUUAUUGGUAAUUGGCUUAUAUGUUAUCAUUGUCCUCUUGAAUCUUGAUCCUCGUAUUAUGACUGGAAUACGCUGAUGUACUUUAAAAAUUUAUAAAAUAUUUGAGAGCAAAGAAGAUUUAUUGUA